AAACGUAAAAUGGCUGUGUAAUGAUCAACACUGGUCUGGUUUAGUGCCAGUAUAUUGAGUAUAUGCCCUCAAUACUUCAAUAAUAUUCAAAUCAACAUGGAUAACCAUCAUAACCUUGAUGGCUUUGAAGGAAUUCCCCUAGACUUGUGGAUGAGCCAGUUACAACACCAAGAGUCAUCACGAAAUAACCUGUCCACUAAUGUUUUUCACCAGCCAGCUGGCACGGCUAUGAGGGAUUACUUCUCAUUGCCCAGUAGGGCCAUGCAAACAACUUUUACAAUUGGUGAUACCUUGUCUCAAAUGGAGCAGGAGCAUGAAGUGAUGGCAUCUUCCGGGCUAUCUGCAUAUAGCCAUUCUUAUUUUCCUACUCAGACACAUCAAGCAGAUCGAUCUGCUUGGACUCAUAUGUUGUCCUUGAACCAGUCCUUAGAAUCUCAAUUAUCCCCAAGUCAUAAUUCAAUAAGGGAUUUAAAAAACAGAUUUUCACAAGAAAGUAAUAAUGAGAGUUGUAUAGAUGAUCCAUUACCAUUGAUUAAAAACAAUUUAGGGCCAGUAACAUCUUCCAGUGGCAAUCUACCUAACAGGUUACAGUUUUCACAAGCUUUAAACAGCAAUGCUUCUCUUACUAGUUAUUCUGACCAUGCUUUGCCUAGCACAACACAUGAGAAAAUGGCCCACCAUUUAACUCAUUCUAUGGAUUUGUCAAAAACGGCCACCCAGGCUUUAAACAUAUCAACAGAUGUGUCAACUUUAGAGUCUGGUGGAUAUUCACCUGUUUCACCCCCAGCAGCUAUAUCAGAGGAGCUUUCUAUUGCAGGACCUAGUCAUAGUACAGGACAUGGUCCUGAAUUUUUUAUGAGAGAUCAUGGUGAUGCUAUAGCAUCUGCCUUUUCCUCUUUUUCAUCAUUAGAUCACUCAGACUUGUUUGGGUACAUCCCUGAAAAAUCCGACACAUACCAAGCAGCUUCAUCCUCCAAGGAUAAUGUAUCACAUUCACUACCAUCUCAUCUUUCUUUAAUGACAAACUGUUUGCCUAGCCCAUCUGACACACCCCUAGACAUGACUACUGUAUUCCACUCAAAGAAGGAGAAUAGCCAAACACCAGCUGAUUUGUCAUCCACCACCAGGCCAGAGUUAGACAAUAACUCUUCAUUGAUUACCAACGCCAAUGAAACUGUUAAAUCACAACUUCUGCAAACUUUGCUUGUUAAAAGUCAAUCUACAGCCACUGAUACUGUGACUAGCGAGAAGCCAAAUGACAUCAAACCACAGCUUGAGAUACCUGUUUCUCAACUGCGGAAAUUGUGUUCUAAGCCUGUCAAAAGCACCCCAAAAAAGUCCAACUUUUAUGGGAGAGAUGCUUCUCUUUUUUCAUUUCUUUCAGAGCCUUCAGUGGGAGAUUCUAUGCAUCCAAGCCUAGAAGAUGCAAAAAACAAAUAUGAGGAAAUAAAGACUGAGGACCAAGGGGUUGUUACUGAUAAAAUCACUGAGUCCUCAUCGACAGAUAUUUCCCUUAAAAUCAACUCUGGUACAGAUUUGAUUAUUAGUGGAAACGCUGAAUUACUUGAUUCUGAUUUUAAAUGUCUUUCUGAAAAUAUGUUGACUGAUGCAUCAGUUAUGGAGAAAAACCCAUUACUUUCUGAUUGUAAUUCAAGUUUAGCUCAGUCAGUUGACUCUUUCAUUGAAGCCUCAACAGCAAAGGACGACGAUAAUUUUAAAACUAAAGAAUCUGAGCCCCCAACCAUGAAUAUGGAAGAAGGAAAUUCUAACUCUGAAAGGAUUCUGACAAAUACAAAUAAUUUAAUGGAAAAUUGUGAAACUUUAAAUACUGUUGAUAAUGAUUUAGAUCAGGAAACAGAUUGUGAACAAGGUGAUAUAAAAGAUGAUUUGGAAACUUUGAACACUGGAUUAGAUUCACCUAUGACACUUACAACAAAGGUGACUGUGAAUAAGCGUAAAAGACGGAAAGCAGCUAAUUUUCAAAAUAAACCACGCAAACAAGCAACAAAAAAAACUGUAAUUUCUCGUCGUGUCAAAAUGGUGAAUACAACUGUUGUUGGUGAUGUUGAUGCAGAUGAGUUUGCUGGUGGAGAAGCUCAUUUAGAUGGUGAAAAUGAAACUCUUGUUUCUAAUGUGGGUCGAAAAAGAAGAGCACCACCAAAAGCUAGAGCUUCCAAUGUUGAUGUGGCACCACGGAGAAGUUCCAGUCGCAAAUCAAAAGAUAAUGCUAUGCGACUGAUAGAAUUGCAGGCAGAUUCAAAUUACACAGGUAUUCCUCAGCCAGAAGAGGAACAGAUUUUAGAGAAAAAAACAGUUCGUAGAACUAAAAAACGGAUCAGUUCAGUUCAGAUGGUUGAUGAUUUUAAUGACUUGACUGAUGAUGGUGAUGAUUUAUUUAGUAAAAGUGAUGAUGAUUAUGUGAUUGAUGAGGAUGAAGCACAUGCGGCUGAAAAGGAGGAUUUAGAAAUAAAGAGUGAUAAAGUUAGAAAAACAAAAGAAAGAAAAAGUGGUGGGCUUAAGAUGUCCAUUAAAUUAAGUGGGGAUUCCUCUGCUGAAAUAGUAUCAGGUAUCGAUGAUUCGCCCAUUAAGAAAAAACGUAAGGUAGAAAAAAAGAAAGGUGAGAAAGGUAAGGGAAAGAAAAAAAUGAUUGCUCAGGAGGAACCCAAGUUAGAAAACAACCUUUCUACUGAUGGUUCAGUUGAAAAACCAGAAGAAGAAAAGAAAGAAAUAAAUGAAAACAAAGUAAAGAAUCCUGAAGGCAACAAACAAAUGACAUUAAUGGAGAAAUAUUUCUCCACUGCAAAUUCAGCCACAGUCGCUAGACAAAUUAAUAAAACAUUUACUCUUAAAAAAGGAAAAAAAGAUAAAAGUGACGAGACAAAUAAAACAAAAAAAAUUGGGUCAUUGAAGCUUAAUAAUGCAAAAAAAGCAUCUGUAAAGUUUAAUUUGGAGAAUGCUGAUAAAGAAAAAUUAGAAAAACCUUUAGAAGAAGUUGAUUCUUCAACUCCAAAGUUUGUUUGUGGUUAUUGUCCACUGAGGUACCAUAAUAAACAAGAACUAUUAGAUCACAUGGAAGAUCAUAUGGUUGAAAUGGAAGGCAAGGAUGCUAACAAUGUAACAGAUAAGGAUUCUGUAGCUAAUCAAACAGUCCUACCUUCUACAAGCAUUCCACAAGCAUCAAAUACAGUUGUGGCAGAAAAGGCUAAAGUUAAAAUAGAAGUUGAGCAAAUGAAAGAAAGUGAUUUGAAAAAUGACAUAUCACUUGUCAAGAAUAAAUUCAAGUGUGGUGAAUGUGGUCAAAUAUUUAACUCCAAACCUAAUCUUCUUGAUCAUGUAAGAAUUCAUACUGCUGAUAAACCAUUUGAGUGUGAUAUUUGUCACAAGUGUUUUACUGAAAGAAAUCUUUUGUCAGCUCACCGCAAAACACAUGUUCAGGAGAAACUUCUGCGUUGCCACAUGUGUAGCAAAGCAUUUGUGGAUAAAGCAGAUCUCUCUUAUCAUAUGCAAUCUCACCCAAAACGUUCCAACCCUAAUGCUUCUGGUAAAAUGGGUAUCAGUUUUAAGAAAAACAUAAAAAAGAACCUUAUAGAGCCUCCCAAUAAGGAUGGUUCUGUUGUAUCAAAGAAACCUACAUCUUUUGCCCUAGCAUUGAGUGGGGAAACUGAUAGUUCAGCUAUUGAUAGUCUCCAGCCUCAAGUCUUACUUUUAAAAAGAGGAGAUCCGGUAGUUGCCAAAACUAGUAGUAGCUCAAUUAUCAAGAGUAACAUAUUGGACUCUAAAGCACCUUCCAAGCCUUCUACUCAAAAAACAACUAUUACUGCUAAAAGUAUUGACUUGCAGUUAGUUAAUAAACCAGAACUUAUCAAUACACCUAAAACCAUUGGGAGCAAAGAACAGGUUGCUGCUAAAACAAGUAAUGAAAAAAAUGUGGACUCAAAGCCACAGUCAAAUGUUUGCACAUGCAAAGAGUGUCCUGACUGUGUUACACGGUUUUUGCAGAGUUUUGAAUAGCUUGAGAUUUCUUUGUUGUGCCAGCAGUCUAAUCAGUCUGUAAAAUUUUAUGUCUUUGUUUUUAACUGGUUUAAAUCAUAAUCUUGUCAUUAUAUGUUUUCAACACUUUGAUUUAGACAUUUUGUUAAUGCUUCUCUUUACACAUUGCUUAAAAGUACAAUUCAUUACUAAGGGGUAUAUGGUGAAUCAAGUGCAUUAUUACAUACCAUUUUCCUUCCAUUGUUAGGGGGUUUAUUUAAUGUCUGUUGGAAUUGUUUAAGUCUCUUUUUGUACUAAUCUAGGAAUACUUUUACAGAGUGGUAUUAAGCAAUAAAACAAGUGUGUCAUUAUUAUAUUGAAUUCAUACUAAAUAAUAGACAGAAAAGUAGUCUGUAAUUUGAAAUCAAAUAUUUAAAGGUACUUGUAAUUUUUCUGAUAUAUUUUUUUCCAUAAAUUGUACAUAAUUUGCCCAGUCUGUACAUCAGAAAGCUAAUUAAGUUCUAUUUUUUUAAAAUUAAUAAUUUCUUUAAUAUAAUAUGAUAUCCAAAAUCAAUGAGGGAAUCGUGGAUGUAAUGUUAACUUUUGAUAUAAUUUUUUAAUUUAACUACUAACUUAUAACUGUUUAUUGAUGUAGCAGCUAUCUAAUAAUCUUGAGAAGGUUACUAUGUCCAAGAUGAGACUUAUUUCACAGAAAUUUGUUCUACCACUUUUAAUAAUCAUUUAAUUACUAUUUUGAUUCAACAUAUUAUAUUGAAUAUAGUUAUAUAUAUAUAUAUACAUAUAUUUUUUUCCAGCAAGAUAUUAAAGGAUUUUUUUGUAAUUUUAACAAUGGUACUUUUGGUCUAACCUUGCUGUUGGCAGCCUUAGCUCCAGAAUCACACAUGCAUAUUUGAUUUAUGGUUUUUUUCACUAGAAAUUAAAAGUAUUAGAACUAAAAGAUACAUUUCAAUUUCAGUGGUUUAUUUAUUUAUUUUUAAGACAUUUGUUUCCCUGAGAUGAAAAAAAUAUACCAUAACUAAUUUAAAGAAUUGCCUCUCUCUAACCAUACCACACCACAUGGUUAGGCUAGAGUUAGGAUUUCUGGUUGUUUGAUACAAGGGCUGGGGUUAAUUUUUAUUGUGAUAAUAAGCAAUGUUGUGCGGUAUGGUUAAAUUAAAUGUUCAUCUGUAAACAAAGGAUAAUUUUAUGUCUGCGUUAAGCUUCGUUUACUUGAUUGUUUUUUUCUUUUAAAUUUCACCUCCCUUAGGUGAUGGCAUUUUCAUAUUUUUAUUUGGUGGGCGUUUUUAAAAAAAAUGACAUUCAUUAACUGAAUAUUGUUUAUGAUGACUGUUUGAAUUGCAAAUCAUACCUAAUAGAUGCUUCCAUAAUACAUAUACUCAUGCAUUUAUUUAUGUAUGUAUAUGUAUAUACAUUAAAUUCUUUACUACUCUAAGAUCAGUGAAUUCAGCUAAGACGCACUUUUUUCAUUUUACUGAUUUGUCAUCUGGGUUUCUCUCUAUAUUUUUACAUAUAUACAUCCACACAUUGGCUGUGAACAAUCCUUAUAGCUGUUGUUUUCUGAAUUGUAAGCAAACAAUUAAAAAAUUUACAUUUAGUAUUAUAAACUUGAAACCAUUGUGUGCCAAGCUAAUAAAUGUUGCAACAGAUAUAAGCAGUUCAUGCUAAAGUAGGGUGAGUUCUUUUGAGGUUGGAAGCAGGAUGAAAAUGUUUAUGGUAUAUAGUGUUAAAUGUUGUUAUAAUCUAAACCUAUUCAGAAAUCUUUGAAGUUUUACAGAAAAUUGCAUAUAACUUUUAAAUCUGCCUCAGAUCAACAUUCUAGUUAAAGAUCACAGGCAAUACAUUGUUAAUUUUAAAGCAAAAUGAAAUAGCUAGUUGAAUUUAAAAAAAAAAUCAUUAGUAUCAUUUACAGAUGAUCACCAUUUUGUUUUAUUAUUGUAUUCUACAAUAAUUAGAAAAAUAAUGUAUUGUACAUAAACAAUUACUAGCUCAAAUAUUGUAAAGAAAAUCUUGCAUGCCAUUACAUUUUCCCCAUGCUUACUUGACCAAUUAACUUUGCAGACAUAGGAGCUUUAAAGAUUUGUAAACUUGACUAUUACCUAUCAAAUUAUAAAAGUAAUAUAACUUUCAAAACACUCCCAGUUACUCAUAGUUUGUUGUUUUGUAUUAAUCUGUACACACAUGGGUAUAACACUUGACGCCUGAAAAAUAAACCAUGUUUUGUUACUUUCCUUAGUCUUUUCAUGACCAUUGCAAUUAAACAAAAUGUACUUCAGAAUCAUUUUUAGAGGUGAUAAGUUUUCAUAAUGGUUUGUGUUGUCCUGCAAAUAUUUUACACUAAGUAUUGUUAAAAACUAAAAUGAAUUUGUGGCAUUUGACUUACAAUUGUCAGAAAGAGAAAAUAUGGAUCAAAAUAAAUGAAUAUAAAAGUUUUGUUACUACAACUAGAUGAUAAUGGGGGUUCAUUGUGUUUUUUUUAAAAAUCAAACUUGUGUUUUUAAUAAUCUAAAGGGAUAAUUAAGCAUUUUUAGUGAAGUUGUUAUAUUUCUAAACUAGAGUGCUCAAAUGUGGUAAGGUAUUUUAAUUCUAUGAUAUGCUAAUGAUAUGCUUAAAAAUUAUGUUGUACAAUGUGCAGGUUUGCCUGUGCUAUUUAACUGACAAGUAUGAAUAAAGAAUAGUUUUGUUCAUGGGAAUUUAGUUACUUUGGUGAUAAAACUCCCAGUUUAAGAACUUCUCACAUUAUAAAUUAUUGUUUUGUGUAUAUAUUUAUUGAAUUUAUGCUAUUAUUACUACAGCUUGGAGAAGUUCUUGUUGAAAUGUACUUGAAGGUAUUGUUCACACAUGUAAGUUUGGCUGUGUUACCUUGUCUCAAAUUCAUAAAGAUUACUAUCAUGUUUUUUCUUACCAUUCUGAUGCAUUGUUUUAAUCUUUGAAAUGUAAUUUAUAAGAUUGGUCUGUUGUGUAAUGUUUUAUGCAGUCUCUGUAUAUUUCAUUCUGAUAGGUAUUCAUUCAUAUAAUUAGGCUUGGUUCUGAGUGUGUUUUUUUCUUCUAAAUGUACUAAAUUGUCACAUUUGCACUUAAGAAAAAAUUAGCAAGUAGCAGUGUAAUGAAUAACAUUGUACCUUUGUUUUCAAAAUCUAUCAAACAUUGAAUAAAGUCUAAAUACCAAACCUCUGAAA